GCGCGCGGGCGGGCGGGGACGCAGCCGGCACCAUGUCCAUGCUGCCCACCUUCGGCUUCACGCAGGAGCAAGUGGCGUGCGUGUGCGAGGUGCUGCAGCAGGGCGGCAACAUCGAGCGGCUGGGCCGCUUCCUGUGGUCGCUGCCCGCCUGCGAGCACCUCCACAAGAAUGAAAGCGUGCUCAAGGCCAAGGCGGUGGUGGCCUUCCACCGCGGCAACUUCCGCGAGCUCUACAAGAUCCUGGAGAGCCACCAGUUCUCGCCGCACAACCACGCCAAGCUGCAGCAGCUGUGGCUCAAGGCGCACUACAUCGAGGCGGAGAAGCUGCGCGGCCGGCCCCUGGGCGCCGUGGGCAAAUACCGCGUGCGCCGCAAGUUUCCGCUGCCGCGCUCCAUCUGGGACGGCGAGGAGACCAGCUACUGCUUCAAGGAGAAGAGUCGCAGCGUGCUGCGCGAGUGGUACGCGCAUAACCCCUACCCCUCGCCGCGCGAGAAGCGCGAGCUGGCCGAGGCCACGGGCCUCACCACCACGCAGGUCAGCAACUGGUUCAAGAACCGGCGGCAGCGCGACCGCGCGGCUGAGGCCAAAGAAAGGGAGAACAGCGAGAACUCCAACAGCCACAACCCGCUGGCUGCGUCGCUGAAUGGCAGCGGCAAGUCGGUGCUAGGCAGCUCGGAGGACGAGAAGACGCCGUCGGGGACGCCAGACCACUCGUCGUCCAGCCCCGCGCUGCUGCUCAGCCCGCCGCCGCCCCCCGGGCUGCCGUCCCUGCACAGCCUGGGCCACCCUCCGGGCCCCAGCGCCGUACCCGUGCCCGUGCCAGGCGGAGGCGGCGCGGACCCUCUGCAGCACCACCACGGCCUGCAGGACUCCAUCCUCAACCCCAUGUCGGCCAACCUCGUGGACCUGGGCUCCUAGAGCCCCGCCUGCCUCGACGCGCUCGCCUUCCAGGCUUGGCGCUGGGGACCGGAGAGACGGUGUCGGGAGGGCGCCUUGCGCCGGCGGCUCCACCAGGUACUGAAAGACCCGCUCGCUGAGCGGGCAGAACCGCCGGCCGGGGCAGGGUGGAUGGCUCUUUGGUUUGGUCUUUGUCCGGCGGGGUUUGUUUUCAACAAGUUGCUUCUGAGAUCGUUUGGAGCCCUGGGACCCGGCCUUGAACCCGCGAAGGGAAUAAAUUAUACAUUCUCAUACUCUCUCUCCCGACCUUCUCAUCCCUUCUUUC